GCCUUUCUCGCCUACUCGUACUGUUACAUUAGAAGCGUGUCGAUUCGUUCUUUCGUUCGCAUUCUCGUCUGACCGUGACAAGUAGUGGCCUACUUCUAAUAUAUGAACGCACAAAACAUUCUUAAUACUAAACAUCGCGUAUCCGAUGUCAGGUAGAAUUUUUUGAACCCAAUCUGAGCACCAGGUGCGAUCGUGAUUUAUACGUGAUAAGUAGUGAAUAAAAAUAAAAUUAUAAAAGACCUUGGUAUUUGAAGAAAAAAAAUUCUUGCAGACACGAUGAAACGAAGUAAUGUAAAUUUAAAUUUGACAAAAAUUCUUCGGCAUGAUACGCGCUUGACAAACACAUACAGUAAAUAUACGUAGUACAAUAAAAAAAAUGAAUUUUAUUCAUUCAUGAUUGAUCGGAGAUCGAUCGUAUCGUAAUAUGCCAAACGAAUAAAAGCAUAAUGAAAAGUUUUACAAUCAGAUAACUGAAGAUUUCAAUGAUCUGAAAGGUAUUUGUGUGAGUGCAAAAAACGAUCUUACCAGAUUCCAUAUGUGUACAUUUUUUAUGUCACGAGCGUACGAAACAUUUGGUGUGUGAUUGCAAAGAGUAGAGGAAGCCACGUAAACCGUAAAACAGCAGCUAAACACAGUUGCUGAGUUGUCUGAUAACUGAUACUAAUGUGGUAACUUACACCAUGCUGCAUUGUCUGAAAGACCGUAGCGGACCAACGGAGAUAUAUGUAUACAAUUCGUCUGAGAGUAAAUUGUUGAGCCUUAACAAGGAAAUUAACGCCUAUUAAGUGAAUGAGGGUGUAAUAAAUAUAAAAGACAAAGGAAUAUAAACGUAUAUCACGGGAUAAGGAACAAUUUUCAAAAUGCCGACUAUAAAUUUAACGACUGCUCUUACGCGACAUGACACGACCAGUGAAGAAGAUAUAGCGGCAGUUCUUAUCGCUAAAGGUACUACCAUGGUAGUACUUUGUAUAGUCAGUAUAUCCGUGGGUCUAGUUCCUAUUCAGUUGGCUAAAUGGUUCAACUGGACCUCAAGUCACAUAAGUCCAAGAUCACAGAAAAUGGUUAGUAUCCUCCUGGGUUUUGGGGGUGGCGUUCUGUUUUCAACGACAUUCCUCCACUUAUUACCGGAAGUCUCCGAGGGAGUAAAAAAGCUCGUAGAAUCCGGCGACCUGCCAGAUCUGAAUUUCUCUCUAGCUGAAAUAUUCAUGUGUUCUGGAUUCUUCAUCAUGUACCUGGUAGAGGAGGUGGUGCAUACGUAUCUAAGAAAACGAGAAACUGAAAAAGUAGUAAAUAACAAUAUCACUAAAAGUACAAACGAAUUGGUAAAUCCAAAUGGCAAUUCAGUUUGUACAGGGAAUAACGUAGGAUACGGACACGGUCACAGUCAUUUACCCCCGCUUGAAGAAUCUAACGAUGUUGUAGUAAAUUCAAUCAGAGGUUUACUGAUAGUCCUUGGUUUAUCAGUGCAUGAACUCUUCGAGGGUCUCGCCAUUGGUCUUGAAAGUUCUGCCAGCUAUGUAUGGUAUAUGUUCGCUGCAGUAGCUGCGCAUAAGUUCGUCAUAGCCUUUUGCAUUGGCGUAGAAUUGAUCACAUCGAAGACCAAACUUUAUUUAUCAGUAAUAUACAUCUGUACGUUUGCCGUGGUAUCGCCGUUAGGCAUUGGCAUCGGGAUGCUCCUUGUAGGAGGCGGAAGUGCAGCUGCCAGUGGAGCAAUGGCUGUUGUUCUUCAGGGCAUAGCUACUGGAACACUUCUCUACGUAGUCUUCUUUGAGAUUCUCCACAAGCAUCGCAACGGACUCGAUCAAUUCCUUGCUAUCCUGAUUGGGUUUGUCGUAAUGUUUGGACUUCAGACAGUGACUGAACCAAGCACGGAUUAAAUUCGAAGCAUUCACAUUUUCGAUGCUUACAACUGCGAGGACGAUGGCUUCGAACAUAAUCGGCAACCUCGCGGGCGCUAGCUGCACGGAGAGAUCGUCACGUUUCAGGCGAACUUUCUCAAUCCCAUUCUAGACGGAUCUGUUCAUCGGUUCUAAUCGGAUCCUUGAAAUCUGAACUGUGGCGUAGGCCACUUCCUGGUGAUGUUAAAAAAUGUCCUCGAUUGAUCGUGCUGCGUGUCUAACACUGUUUUACGUGGCAAUAGAUCCUUCGAAGUCUAUAUACUCAUCCCUGUGUGUAACUCACUAAAACAAAUCAAUUAUGAUAUUAUUAUCACAUCGAAUAAAAUCAUUAUAUACUACGUAGUUAACCUUAUCUGUAAUUAACACAUGUAAAUAAAAACAGGUCCACAAUCUA